AUGGCACAGCUGCAUCAGAAACGUGCACAAUCAAAAACGCUUUCAGUUGUUUGCGAUUUAAUACCUCGCAGCUCCGUUGGCUGCAGAGCAUUCCAGACCAUCACCAGAAACAAACUCGUCAACCCUAUUCUCCAUCUCCUUAUUAUCGUUAUCGGCAAGUGCAUCAACAACAUCAACAGCCCAAAUUCAAAUUAUUCAACAACUUCAGUGACAACCACAACAAUAGCAAGUCUUCAAAACAUCAUCAACAGCAACAUCAACAACAACAACAUCAACAAUAUAUUCACCGGACCAACAACAGCAACAAGACGUUUUUAGGGAAGAAGAAGAAUGUACAAAGGUAUCCACCCUAUCAGCAGCAACAACAACAUCAAAAUCAACAUCGUCAUCAUACGACCACUCCUCCAACACCUAAACAUGAUUGGUUAUCAAGUUCAACCAAUGAAAAAGCUGCUUUUAAAUUUUUAAAUAAUUGUUUUGUUAUUAUCCUAUAUCGAAUUUUUACUAUGAAGCUUGUAGACUUGUGUUUAUGAUUUGUACAGCCAUGUUAGUUUAUACUUCGUUAUGUGUUUGUUUUAUUCUUUUUCUAUCUUGAUUUUUAUUUGUAUGUAAUAAAAGGCAUUUAUAGGUUCUAUUUAUUAACUGUAUAUUUAUAAUGUAUGUAUAUAUGGCUCUUGAUUUUUCUCCAGACAGACCGUAUCAAUUAGUUUUAAUAACACUAAGUUUAAAUAUCGAUUGAUUGUUUUUAAAAUAUUAGCUCGUAUAUUUUGUGUUACAAGGAUCUCACGCAUUGUCUCUUUGGUUUGUUCGCUGAGUCGUCUCUUAUCCUUAACAGUGAUUGAUUCCUCGUUGAAGUAUCAACCUAACAGCGAAACAAGCUGACAGUUGAAAAAAUAAAUUCAAUUUAAAA